GGCUGGUCCUUCAAUCUGACAGCCACUCUCUCACAGAUCAGCAAAGCCUUCAUAAGGCUCCGUGACUGCUCUUGUUGCACACUCCUCGCUUCUCCUUCUUUGUCCCCCAGGUUGAACAUCAGUCUCUCGUUUGAAUAUACCCGUACAUAAUAAUGGCAGUCUCCAGGCUGUCCAAGGCCCUUGCUGCCCUCACAUUCGUUUCUUCCAUUUCAUCAGUCGUCGCCGGCUCGUCCAACUCAUCGAGCUCGAUCUGCGCGACAUCCUCCCAAUGUGUUCCCUUCACCAUUGAUGUCACUUGGGGCACAACGUCCUCCGAGAUUGGUGCACCCAGAGAUGCCAUUCUCACUAAUGGCUCUCUGCCAGGUCCCCCGUUGAAGCUGAAGGUUGGCGACUGCGUCGACUUCACAGUCAUCAACAACCUUGCCAACAACACCGGAGUCCACUUCCACGGUAUCCGACAGAAUGGUACACCAUGGGCGGAUGGUGUGCCGGGUGUGAGCCAAUACUCCAUCAAGCCUGGUACCAGCUACAUGUACCAGUGGACCGCUGAAGAGUCUGGUGUCUAUUUCUACCACGCACAUUACAAGGGACAGAUGGGCGACGGUCUAUAUGGUGCUAUUGUCAUUUCCCCAGCCGACGAUGCUGAACUUCCUUUCAGCCAAAUCAGCAGCAGCUCGGACGAUGUCGCCAAGAUGACCGCUGCUGCUCUUGCAACUGAGCCCCUAUUUGUCUCGGACUGGAGCCAGUACACCUUUGAUGAGUUCCUGGAGAUCGAGAAGGCUGCCAACGUUGACGAUGCUUGCACUGAUUCAAUCAUCCUGAACGGCAAAGGCUCUACCUACUGCCCUGGCAUCGACGUGUUGACUGCCAACGCUGCAGUUCAAGUUCCCCAGAUCUUGAACGGUACCUCCUUGACCGCCAAGGGUUGCAUCCCACCAACCAACAAGCUCAUUCAAGGUGCUCAGUACACCCAGAACCUGGCAAAUCUCCCAGAUAACGCCUACUACACUUGCACACCCUACUCUGGCUCCAACUACACCCUCUCGGUUGAUGCCAGCGCUGGAUGGCAAGCGAUCUCUCUGAUCAACCCGUCUGCAUUUGCUAUCCUCAAGGUGACCGUUGACAGCCACAAGCUGUACGUGUAUGAGAGCAACGGUAACUUCAUCGUUCCUCAGGCCGUUGAUGACAUCGUAGUCGCUGGAGGUGAUCGCAUCAGCUUCUUGAUCAAGCUCGACCAGGCCCCAGGCGACUACCAGAUCCGUGUUGCCAACGAUGGUAUCAACCAAGUCAUCUCUGGUUUCGGUGUUCUGUCCUACAACGGUGGCUCUGAUGCUCUUGUCGGCACUGCUGCCAUCAACUAUGGCGGCCAGAACCUCACCAGCCUUGUUACCUUCAACCCGGCCGCUGCUGCGCCUUUCCCAGCUUCAUCCGUUGCUGCUACUGCCGAUGCCAGCUUCGUGCUCGAUAUCAUGAAGAACCCUGCUCAACCCUUGGACUCCUGGUCGUGGACUCUCAACGGUGUCGAUGCUUACAACCAGACUCGCGAUGACGAGGCCCCACCUUUGUUGUUCCAGAACCCAUCCAGCAUUCCUGACUCGGACUUGAUCCUCCGGACCUACUCCGGCCAAUGGGUCGAUCUGAUCAUCAAGGUCGCCGGCCCUGUCGCCGAGCCUCACCCCAUCCACAAGCACGCCAACAAGUUCUACGUCAUUGGCUCUGGUGUUGGUGACUUCAACUUCACAUCCGUCGCCGAUGCCGAGGCUGCUGGCUACUCCUUCAACCUGGUCAACCCUCCAUAUGUUGAUGGUUACACCAGCACUGCAGCUGAGGGCAGCGCCACCUGGAUGGUCUUCCGAUACGAAGUCAACACUCCUGGUGCUUGGCUUCUCCAUUGCCACGUCCAGACUCACUUCUCUGGCGGUAUGGCCGUUGCCAUUCUCGACGCGGUUGACGCCUUCCCAACGAUCCCAUCUGACGUUGGCAAGGUUUGCCCCGGUACUGGCAAGAGCAACUUCCCCGGUGGCUCUGGCUCAAACAGCACCGGCUCAUCGACUGGCUCAUCGACUGGCACAUCUACCGGCUACGGCUCUCAAGUCUCUGGUGGCUCAUGGAACAGCACCACCGGCACUUCCACCGGCGGUGUCAGCGUUGCCACAUACACUGGCGCUGCUUCCUCAGUGGUACCAUCAGCCAUCUUUGGCCUGAUGGCCGUUGCUUUUGCAGUUUUCUCCCUGUAAGAUGGUGGAGCUUAUAUUGUAAUGACCCUUCUGGCACGGGACCCUUUAUUGUACUUAUUUCUUUUCUUUUGUCGCUUACAUUGAUCGGUUGUGGAUGAAAAUAUUGGCAGGUUCAGGUUCGCAGCAUAUAACGGAUCGGGAGCGCAUAUACCUGACAUUCAGUGUCUGAAAGGACUGAACAGGAGCACGCAGCAUUUUGGGUAGAAGCCCGUCUAUACUAGUCAAUACACCACGAUAAAAAUCCGAAA